AUGGACGUUCCAGACCAAAGCAGCAACACGUCCUCCGCUGGCCUCGGCAGCGAGCCCGAAAUAAUCGAAAGCUACGAUGAGCAAGUUCCAACCGCCAGCCAUGCUCUCGCCGAGGAAAGCAUCCAGACCGAGGUCGAGAACAAGGGCGCCAGCCAGAUUGACCACGACGAGAUCGAGGUGAAGAACAUUGGGUGGAAGGAAAAGGCACAAUGCGUCCCGCAGCCGGUGGUUGGCGGAAUGAGAAAUGCAGAGCUCUGGCUCCUCAUCAGACGCUUCAACAAGCAGGUCUUUGAGGUCAAGAGCAUAGACACCGUUCCGCUGGCCGACCUGGAUAUGAACAUUGCAGAAGACGAUGCCUUCUCUCCAGACAAGCUGCGCGCGCAGUUGGAGCGCUUAUACAUGACGGUGGUGGUCUCUGUUGUUUCUCUGUGGAAACAAAUUGUACGCCUCCGCUCUUGGAGAGAAACAAAGAGAACGGCAGCGUUCUUGGGUGUGUACGGCUUUGCGUGGCUGUUUGACCUGCUGAUACCGGCCGUCAUCAUGUUUCUCAUCGUCUUGAUCGCUUAUCCGCCCGCGAGGACAAUCUGCUUCCCACCAGCACCACCAUCCAUCGUUGACUCAAAGACAGGGGGCGUACAGAAACCGCCGUCUGGUGUCCUUGCUUCUGACACGUCCAUCACUGGUGCGCCGGAGAAACACGAAGGCGAGGGCGUUGAGCAGGAAGCACACAGCUUCGUCAACAGCAUCGCGUCGGUCGUCAUAAGUACGAGCGCAGGGAAGCACCCGCAAGGUGAUCCAUACGACGAUAACACCGCCCCAGAUCCAACAAACAUAACGCAGGACAUUUCCGCCGCCAGGGACGCGACAGACGGAAAAGAGACCUCUGUGGAACAUGACAGGACAAAGAAGCCCGUUUCCAACAUCGUCUGGACCAAGACUGGGCCUGUCAUGCACCUAAUUUCGGAGCUGGUCGAUACUUGGGAGCGCUUUGGAAAUGCCCUCAGUCCGACACCACCGUUCCCCGUCGAGCAGCCGAGAUUGACGUUGUCUGCCUGUCUUUUGCCUCCGCUAUUUCUUUCCUUUUGGGUUUCUUCGUACAUGCUGCUCAAGGGUCUUGGGUUUGGUGUUGGAUUCGUCCUCUUUGGCGAUCCAAUCAUCACACCAGCCCUGCAGUUUGCCAACAGGACAUACCCGCGCUGGGAAAAGUUCAUUGAGCUGCGAAAUACCAUUCUACGAGGCAUUCCAACUAAUGCACAGCUUGCGGUCACGCUGCUGCGCAUCGGCGAGAAGAACAAGACGCCAAUUCCUCCACCUCCAUCCUCCGAUGCGCCGCCACCUCCCAAGAUUGAUCCUGAAGCUGCACAGCAGGUCGACAAUCUAGGUGUCACCGAAGAGGAAGCGAGGCAAGCGCUUCGGCCUGAUUUAGACCACGCAGCAGACAUCAAAGACGACAGCGAGCAGCGAAAGCCCAAACGGUCACAUCGGAUCCUCAAUAUGCUCAAAGGCACCGCCAAGGGUGGCGUGCACACGGCCCUCGCUGCCGACAAAGCCAAAGCUGCAGCCGGUGCUGUUCACGCACGAAAUCGUCUCGGUGUCGUGAACAAGCCUUCAGACUCCGACUCCAUGUCGGGUCCAAUCUGUUUCCCUGCGCGGUGCCGUGGUAAAAAGGGCCAUGCAUACAUCACGGCCACGGCUACGAGUCCCGCGUUGAGCUGGACCUCGGAUAUCGAGGACGUGAAUCCGGCGUGGACAGUAGCCAUUGAAGACAUUGACCAGCUGAAAAAAGUUGGCGGCUUAGGGUGGAAGACUAAGAUUCUUGUUGGAUGGGCCAUGGAGAGAGAAGUGGUGGAUGGGUUGGUUGUAAGAACAAAGGAUGGAAUCGAGUAUCACUUGACGGCCAUCUCAAUGCGCGAUGAGCUGUUUAACCGAUUGAUUGCCAUGGGGCAUCAAAUGUGGGAAGCGUUUCGUGUUGUUAUAAAAAAAGACUCAACAACUCCAAAGUUCCAGAAACCUAUUCAGAAACUGGGUAUCCCCGACCCCUUGAAAAGCUGGACAGAAGCAACUUUCGCCGCACUUGACAUCUUUAAAUUGAUCCUUAAGCAAGAACAAAUGGCUCCGACAAAGGUUCUUGUCACCGGUGCGACUGGCUACAUCGGUGGUUCUAUCCUCACUCGACUCCUCAACUCGACCCAUCUAGACAUCAAAAAUCUGUCAUAUACCGUGCUAGUGCGAAAACCUGAGCAUGCAGAACAUUUCAAGUCUAUUGGCAUGACGCCAGUCAUGUUCGAGAAUCUCGACCAGGUGGACUUUUUGAAGAAGGAGGCGUCUGAGCAUGACAUUGUCAUCAACUCGGCCAGUGCAUUCAGAGCACUGGGUGCGAGGGCGUUGAUUGAGGGAUUGGUGGAGAGAAAGAAGAAGACUGGCGAGCCAGUUUGGUUUAUUCACACAUCUGGUACAUCCAGUGUCGGCAAUCGUCCCGUUAGCAAAAUCUACACCGAAGAAGAUGCCCCGUUCGAAUUUAACGACAAGACUCAAGACAUUCACGCCUACGAGCUAAAGCGCGAAGCUCACGACUCAUAUCCACAGCGGGCGUGUGACGUUGCCGUCGUUGUAGCAGGAGAAGAACUCAACGUGCCGACAUACAUCCUCAUGGCACCGACAAUCUACGGCAUCGGAUCGGGUCCAUUUAACAAGCGCUCUGUUCAGGUUCCCUUCUUGUCCAAACGGGCCGUGAAGAAGGGCUACGCAGAGUAUAUUGGCGAGGGAGCCGGCGUGUGGGAUCACAUUCACAUCGACGAUACCACAAAGAUUUAUGAGCUACUAUUGGAGAAGCUCUUUGCAAAGGCAGACGUGCCUUUUGGAAGAAAAGGUAUUUACUUUGGCGGCAGUGGACGCCACUCAUGGAAGCAGGUCGCAGAAGGCAUCGCCAGGGCUGGCUCUGCGGCUGGCGUCUUGGAGGCUGAACCGCGGGCGAUUUCACUGGAGGAUUUGGCGAGAGAUGCGCCUGGUGCAGUUGAGCAGUACUUGGAACUAGGGUUUGCAUCAAGGUCAUGUACGAAUGCGGAGCUGACAAGGGAAGUGCUGGGAUGGAAGCCGGAGAUUGGAGAGGAGGCGUGGGAGAAGGGCUUUGCGGAAGAGAUUGAGGCGGCGUUGGCUCAGUAA